GUAUAUAAAGAGGGAGAGGCCGAGGGAGAGGGGAAAAGGAGAAGGAAAAAGAGGUCACAAGGGGAUCACAGGAGUCGCACCGGUUGCAGCUUUGUUUGUUUUCUUUUUUCGUUUGGUAUCGAUCUCUGCGACCGCUACCGCUGCGCAAUAAAUAGAGUUGGGGAGGGAGCGGGGAGAUGGCCAGUUGGUUGGGGAGGAAGAAGAGCGGGGAGAAGGGGAAGAAGGGAGGUGAGGAGGAGGAGAAGAAGGUGGUGCUGGAUGGGACGGAGAUAAGGGAGUUGGUGGAGAACGAAGACGCCUUUACUAGCUUCGUCGAGCACAAGUUCCAGGAGCUGGACGUCAACCACGACGGUAAGCUCGACGUCAAGGAGCUCCAGCCCGCCGUCGCUGACAUCGGCGCCGCCCUUGGCCUCCCGGCCCAGGGCACCUCGACGGACUCCGACCACAUCUACUCUGAGGUUUUGAAUGAAUUCACACAUGGAAAGCAAGAACAAGUGAGCAAGUCCGAGUUUAAGGAGGUACUUUCUGAUAUUUUGUUGGGCAUGGCAGCUGGGCUAAAAAGGGACCCAAUCGUCAUCUUGAGGAUUGAUGGGGAAGACUUGAAGGAGUUUGUCGAGAGCCCAAAAUUUGAACCAGACGCACUUGCCAUAUUCUCAGAGAUGGAGUCAGCAAAUGAGUCUCUCCGCAAGUGCUUGACAGUGGGUCUUCAACAACUCACAGUUGAGCAUGGCAUGCCACCAGCUUCUGACUCUUGGGUCAUAAGUAACAUCGUGGAACCUGCUUUACAAUCACUUUCUACCGAUCGGCUCGAACAACAUGCUUCUCAAGAGAUCUUCUUUGAAGAAUUUAAAAAGCUUUUGUGCAGCCUCAUCCAAUGCCUCCAAGAGCACCCUGUCAUUGUUGCCCAUAGUGAAAACACCUUUGAUGGAAGUGGCAUCAAGAUACUAUUAUCAAACAAAUUUGAAUUGGAUAAGUUGUUGGAUUCGGUGUGGAGAGACCUACCGAAGGAUCAGCAUCAGAAAACAUCAAAGGACUAUCUUCGGGUUGCACUAGAUAGGAUGGCUUCCUCUGCAGAUUUACCUCCUUUUGGUGCUGUUGGUCAGGUUGAUGCUAUUGUGAAUGACUCAUUGAAGAUGGUAAAUGCAGACGAUGGGAAGAUUGUGGAUGAAGCCGAGUUCAAGAAAACGUUAACCGAGAUUCUUGGGAGCCUUAUGUUGCAAUUGGAGGGCAACCCUAUAUCUGUUUCAUCUAACUCAGUGGUUCAUGAGCCUUUAGAGUCUUCAUCUACCCUCUUGACUGCAUCAUCAUUGUCGGCUUCACCAAGUGAGGGAGAUUAGCCUAGUUCAAUAUUAUAAGAAUCACAGCUAUCACAUCAAGAGACCUUCAUAGAUAUAUUGUGAUCUAAUUUCCUUAAUGUUAAUGGGGUUUGUUGAUAAUAUGCUGUAUUUUCCUCUCUAGUUCGCCCUCAUCCUUUUUCCCACCAGUUUUUUUGUGGCAGAAGGAUAUAAUCAGUACUCAAAAAGUUCGCAAAAGAUAAUAAAAAAUGAACCUUAGGCCCAACCCAAUUUUAUUGAGCGAGGUUUGUAAACUUUUGAGAGAGCUUGGAAGGGCUAUCAUUGAACUUUAUUGUGCUGUGCCAAGUUAUCCUAAAGGAAUAGAAUUUUAAGUUCAUGACA